AUGUUGUGGCUCAGCCUUCCCAUCGCCAAGGCUGAUAACGAUCAGAGAACGAUCCCAGAGAAAUGGGAUGGUUAUAAGAAGGCCGUGUGGGCCUCGCCAUAUUCUGUUGUCCAGUAUCCGAACACGAUCCAGCCAUUCAUCGAAGCCAUCAACAUGAACUUCUCAAACCAUCUCCCCACCCUCUUCAGCCUGGUCUGCGGUUUAGCAGCCACGGCAAACGCACUUCCCCUGGUGCCCUCGGACAAGGGUUCAGCCUCGGAGCACUCCACGCGAGCCAUCGGAUCAAAUCGCCGUGGGCGCACGACACCAAUCCCAACGUGGGCUAUCGUCGGUAUCGUGGUAGUUAUUGGUUUCGCCCUCUCCAUCAUCAUAGUCUCGUGCUGUUGCACCAAGCGACGAAGGGCAGCUGAGCCGCCAGCAUAUCUGCCUCCUGCCACAACACAGCCGUCAGCACCGCAAAUGGCGACAGUACAGCCGAUCAAUUCAUUCCCCGUGGUCCAGGAGCCUCCUCCGGCCUACACUCCAAGCAAUACCUCAGGCGGUGUCUACCGAUAG